ACUAAUUGGGAUCGGAGAGGCCGAGGUGAGGACUGGAGGAGGCACAAAGGAGUCGCUGGGUGGAGAAGGGAGGGGAGAGGGGGAACUGAGAGGCGAGAGGAGGAGGAAGAGGAGGAGAGAGGGCAGCGGCGCACGGUGUCUCCGGCGGCUCAGUCCGACCGCGACGAGCUAGCGGGCAGGCGCGCCGCCCCCUCCCCCGCCCGGCCUCCCCAACUCUGCGACCACGAGCAAAGUUUGCAAAGAGGCGCGGGAGGCGGCGGCCGCAGCUAGGCGGCAGCUGGGAAGGCGCGCGGUCUCGGGGUUGGGGGCGGGGGCGGGGGGCUGCCCAGGAGCUGGGUGGGGGGCGGCGGCCAGCAUGCGGCCCCGCAGCGCCCUGCCCCGCCUGCUGCUGCCGCUGCUGCUCCUUCCCGCCGCCGGGCCUGCCCAAUUCCAUGGGGAGAAGGGCAUCUCCAUCCCGGACCACGGCUUCUGCCAGCCCAUCUCCAUCCCGCUGUGCACGGACAUCGCCUACAACCAGACCAUCAUGCCCAACCUUCUGGGCCAUACGAACCAGGAGGACGCAGGCCUGGAGGUGCACCAGUUCUAUCCAUUGGUGAAGGUGCAGUGCUCUCCCGAGCUGCGCUUCUUUCUAUGCUCUAUGUACGCACCCGUGUGCACAGUACUGGAGCAGGCCAUUCCGCCGUGCCGCUCUAUCUGCGAGCGCGCGCGUCAGGGCUGCGAGGCGCUCAUGAACAAGUUCGGUUUCCAGUGGCCCGAGCGUCUGCGCUGCGAGCACUUCCCGCGCCACGGCGCGGAGCAGAUCUGCGUGGGCCAGAACCACUCCGAAGACGGAGCGCCAGCGUUGCUCACCACCGCGCCGCCGCCGGGUCUGCAGCCUGGCGCUGGUGGCACCCCGGGAGGCCCCGGCGGAGGCGGCGCGCCCCCACGCUACGCCACGCUGGAGCACCCUUUCCACUGCCCGCGUGUGCUCAAGGUGCCGUCUUAUCUCAGCUACAAGUUUCUGGGUGAGCGCGAUUGUGCUGCUCCCUGCGAACCCGCGCGGCCCGACGGCUCCAUGUUCUUCUCGCAGGAGGAGACGCGUUUCGCACGCCUCUGGAUCCUCACUUGGUCGGUGCUGUGUUGUGCCUCCACCUUCUUCACUGUCACCACCUACCUGGUGGACAUGCAGCGCUUCCGCUAUCCAGAGCGUCCUAUCAUUUUUCUGUCGGGCUGCUACACUAUGGUGUCGGUGGCCUAUAUCGCAGGCUUCGUCCUCCAGGAGCGUGUGGUAUGCAACGAGCGCUUCUCUGAAGACGGUUACCGCACGGUGGUGCAGGGCACUAAGAAGGAGGGCUGCACCAUCCUCUUCAUGAUGCUUUAUUUCUUCAGUAUGGCCAGCUCCAUCUGGUGGGUCAUCCUGUCGCUUACCUGGUUCCUGGCAGCGGGCAUGAAGUGGGGCCACGAGGCCAUAGAAGCCAACUCGCAGUACUUCCACCUGGCGGCCUGGGCCGUGCCGGCCGUCAAGACCAUCACCAUCUUGGCUAUGGGCCAGAUCGACGGCGACCUGCUGAGCGGCGUGUGCUUCGUGGGCCUCAAUAGCUUGGACCCGCUGCGGGGCUUCGUGCUGGCACCACUCUUCGUGUACCUGUUCAUUGGCACAUCCUUCCUCCUGGCCGGCUUCGUGUCGCUCUUCCGCAUCCGCACCAUCAUGAAGCACGAUGGCACCAAGACGGAGAAGCUGGAGCGGCUCAUGGUGCGCAUCGGCGUCUUCUCUGUGCUCUACACGGUGCCAGCCACCAUCGUCAUAGCCUGCUACUUCUACGAGCAGGCCUUCCGCGAGCACUGGGAGCGCUCGUGGGUGAGCCAGCACUGCAAGAGCUUGGCCAUCCCGUGCCCGGCGCACUACACGCCGCGCAUGUCGCCCGACUUCACGGUCUACAUGAUUAAAUACCUCAUGACUCUCAUCGUGGGCAUCACGUCGGGCUUCUGGAUCUGGUCCGGCAAGACUCUGCAUUCGUGGAGGAAGUUCUACACGCGUCUCACCAACAGCCGACAUGGCGAAACCACCGUGUGAGCGAGGGCGCGCGGCUACCCUGCACCUCCGGGAUGGGAUGGCACUGUGCUUUCCUUCUGCGGCGAGGCGGGGGAGGGGGGAGGGCUCCCUACGGACUCCUAUUUUAUUUUUUUAAAUAAAGAACAAUGGAAACCAUUUCUUUUCUAGGUCGCUUUUUAAAGAGAACUCUGCCCAACACCCCCACCGGGUUUGUAAUUAAAACUGUAAAUAGCCUUUGUAAAUUAAUUAUAUAUUUUCUAUUUAAAAGAAAAAAAAAAAAGGAGAGAGAAAAAAAAAAAAAAACAAUGGAGCCGGCGCCAAGGCUGAAGAUUGGGGUGGGAACCUGGGGGAGGUCUCUCCUUUCUUAAGUGCCCUUUUAAAGCCGUCCGGUAUCUACUCUGGUUCAAAAUUUUUGGUGAUUUGGCAGGGCUGGGCCUGCUGGGAGAGGCACCUAGCCUGAGCGCUGUUUUUGUUGGCUGUGAGGAGUUGGGAGUUAGUUCCAUUUAACUUCUAUAAAAGCCAAAUUUGCGAGCCUCCUCGCUGACGCUGGGCCUGUAGAAGCUGUUGGAUUAUUUUUUUAAAGAUUUGGAUUCGUCUUUAUUUCGUUUUAUUUUUCCUUCUUUUCUUUCCCUCUUCAUUUGUCCUGACUCCUUCACUAGAUAUUUGGAAACUUCCCAGUCGAGAUGAAGACGUGGGAAAAAAAAAAAACAAAAAAAACGAGGAUGGUGUGGGGGAGAGGGCGGGGAUCUGGGGAGGUAUGGCCUCCACCGCCCUGGCCCACUCUUUCUGUCUUUGACUUUUCUUCGUUUCCGCUCGCUACCCUAAGCGUCCAAAAUAGGCAGAAUAUGCUUUGUGGGCUAUGUUUUAACCGUCCCCCCACUACACACAUACACAAACCACUUCGAUUUCUGAUCCUCUGCCUGAAUUUUUAGAGGUACCAUGAGCCUUUGAACAUUUAUUUGCAAAUUCUGGGAUUUUGAGAUUUUGCAGCCUUCCCCUUAUUUCCUGGUGGUCUGCUGGCCCCCAACCAAAAAACUGGUAUUCAGGUUAGCAGAUUGCAGGUUGGUUUGUGUAUGUGUUUUGUUUGUUUGUUUGUUUUGUUUUGUUGUUGGGAGCUAUUUUUCUCUUUCUUAUUUCCACAAAGCAAUAAAAAUGGGUUAGGUUGGGGGGAGGGAAUGGGUGGACUGAUGGGAUGGGAUUCUUAGUUUUCUUUUGACAAAAGACUGGUUUCUUUUAAAACUUGUCCAAAAAAAGAAAAAAAAAGUGGGUAUCUUUGCUUUAGAAGGCUGUGGGCAGGCUCUUUGUGGCUGUGGGGGUGGGGUUGAGUGUUUACUGGACAUUCUAUAUCACAAGAUUGAUAGAAUGUUUAUAACAGAUGUUUCUUAUCUUCCUCCUACCCCCUCCCAAAUAAAAGUCAAGACUUUUUUUAAGUUAGCUGCCUGAGAAGUGAUGUAUAAAAUAUCUUUGACUGCUGGUAUGAGAAUUCCAGUUUCCAACACACAUCAAUUUCCUCAACUAUUUGGAAUAUUUUAGAAUUUUAAUUCCAAAGGAUUGAUUUGAAGACAAUUAUGCCACGUAACUCAUUUUUUUGCCAUCUCAUGUGUCUUGAUAAUAGUGCAAAUUAAAAGCUAAUAAUCAUAAUAAUAAAGUGCAUUUAAUUAUCUUCAA